AUGUCCUUCGAAUGUCCACAUUGCGGCUUCAGGAACAAUGAGAUACAGAGUGGAGAGGCUGUUCAGGAGCAUGGUACUGAAGUUGUGUUACGAGUGCAGGAACAAGUGGAUCUCCGGCGACAAAUGGUGAGAUCAGAGUAUGCGACCAUUGAAGUGCCAGAGCUGGAACUGGUGAUACCUGCUAAAACUCACCCAGGAGAAGUCACUACAGUUGAAGGAGUGCUAGAAAGGGUCGGAGCCGGUCUUUCCCAGGAACAAGACCGGAGACGAGAACUAGACCCUGAUAGUGCAGCAAAAAUCGACGAGUUCCUUGUACAUUUACGGAAGUGCAUGGACCUUUCUGAACCCUGGACUCUGAAGCUCCACGAUCCGACAGGGAACUGCUUCAUUCAAAACCCUGAUCCUCGUCACGUCGAUCCACGGUGUAUAGUUUCGCACUAUCAUCGUAGUCUGGAGGAACGGAAACUUCUAGGGCUGGCUGAUGAUGAUGUUAAAGAACAAGAACCAGCGCCGGAAUGGAAGUCUUUCGAUGAUGCAAAAAGAGAAAUUCUCCAUUUUCCUACGGAGUGCCCAAACUGCGGAUUACCUUGUGAAGUGCUGAUGAAACCAACGGGUGAACUUGAUUUUCUUUCUUGA